CUCCACAAUCAAUUUUUUCUCCUACAACAUUUCUAUAAUUGUCGUCACUACCAACCCCCCAAUUCUUCUCAAAAUCUCCCAUUCCACUCCUUUAUCAUCUCUCUAUCUCUCUCUCUUUCUCUCUCUCUUUCUCAUCCAUGGCUACUCAGGGUCAGGUUAUCACCUGCAAAGCUGCUGUUGCGUGGGAGCCCACUAAGCCAUUGGUCAUAGAGGAUGUGCAGGUAGCUCCGCCUCAGGCCGGUGAGGUCCGAGUCCAGAUUCUCUUCACUGCUCUUUGCCAUACCGACGCUUACACUUGGAGUGGAAAGGAUCCCGAGGGCCUUUUCCCUUGUAUCCUUGGUCAUGAGGCUGCAGGGAUUGUAGAAAGUGUUGGUGAAGGCGUGACUGAGGUUCAGCCGGGUGAUCAUGUCAUCCCUUGUUACCAGGCAGAAUGCAGAGAAUGCAAAUUUUGCAGAUCAGGGAAGACAAAUCUUUGUGGCAAGGUUCGUGCAGCUACAGGUGUUGGAAUCAUGAUGAAUGAUCGUAAGAGUCGGUUCUCUAUAAAUGGAAAGCCUAUUUACCAUUUCAUGGGAACCUCAACAUUCAGCCAGUACACAGUUGUACAUGAUGUUAGUGUUGCAAAGAUUGAUCCCCAAGCUCCUUUGGAGAAAGUUUGUCUUCUUGGCUGUGGUGUUCCUACUGGCCUUGGGGCAGUUUGGAACGCUGCAAAAGUAGAAGCUGGAUCUAUUGUUGCUAUCUUUGGCCUUGGAACAGUUGGUCUUGCAGUUGCUGAGGGAGCAAAAGUAGCUGGUGCUUCACGAAUAAUUGGAAUAGAUAUUGACAGCAAGAAGUUUGAUAGAGCAAAGAAUUUCGGAGUAACUGAAUUUGUGAAUCCAAAGGACCAUGAUAAACCAAUCCAGCAAGUCAUCAUUGAUCUCACGGAUGGUGGUGUUGACUACAGUUUUGAGUGUAUUGGAAAUGUUUCUGUGAUGAGGUCUGCUUUGGAAUGUUGUCACAAGGGCUGGGGGACCUCGGUUAUUGUUGGUGUUGCAGCAUCAGGUCAGGAGAUAUCCACUCGUCCUUUCCAGUUGGUGACUGGCCGUGUUUGGAAAGGAACUGCUUUUGGUGGUUUCAAGAGCCGUUCACAGGUGCCUUGGCUUGUAGACAAAUACAUGAAAAAGGAAAUUAAGGUGGAUGAGUACAUCACCCAUAAUUUGACUCUUGGGGAGAUCAACAAGGCAUUUGAUCUGAUGCAUGAAGGGGGUUGCCUCCGGUGUGUGCUUAGUACCCAAGUGUAAGGUUAUUGUCUAUUAAGGAUUGCUCAAGUGUUAUCUGUCUAAGGUUAUCUAUUAAAGCCUCCCUCAAGUGUUUUGUGGAACGGAAUGCUUCAAUUUCCCCUUUUUGUUGGACACAAAGUGCAUAAUGUGACUAUUGCCCAUAAGUGUCUUGUAAUAAAGUGCGUGCUUUAACCUAUUAAAA